AUGUCCUAUAAGCUAUUUAAAAGAUGUUUAAAUUUUAAUUUUUCUUGUAUUCCUGGAUUUGAACCACUGUGUAACAGUAAGUUUGUUUUUAUUUUUUUAUUUUUUAAGGAGUGCAUGGAACUUGGGAGAGGAGCGACCUGGUUGUUUCAUAGGUUGUCAGGACAAAAUUCAGAUCAACUUUUUGCCCUCACUUGUUUUGACUUCUGGGGAAAUGUUUGCACCCUCUGCCUCAGAUUGAAAAGUGGAUCUGUUCUAAUUGGGGUUUUUUUUUUUAAUUUUCUCCAUGCAUCAGUUGCUUUGAAAACCCAUUUUGUGAAAAAUCCAGCUGGCUUUGUGAGGCUUGGAGCGAACCUUCUUGAUUCCCUCACAUUCACAGCAUCCAUUUAA